AUGAGGCUUUCUGAGAAACUGUCAAAAGUAAAGUGUUGCCGCCUACUCCUCAUCCAUGAAAACUUCCUCGACACUCUAAAAAAGAAGCCUCAGGCGAUUUUGUUAGGUCUCCCGACUAGGUUGCGUCCUUCGGCACUCCCUCAGACAUACAGGCAGAUCUACCAAGAAAGCCAUGACGUCGCCUGCAAAUCCUGGACGAGGUGGUCUAUUGCUUGGCCAAAUCUCCACCAUUUUGUCGUCUCCUUCCACCUAGAACGCCUAGUUUUGAUAGCCCACCUGGCUUUAAAUGGCAUCUAUCAAAACAUAUAUCUAGCAGACAAAGAAUAUACACACUCUCUAAAGUCUCCACACUCUACCGUUGAAAUAAUCCAGAACAGCUUCCCAGAUCUUCAACUUUUCGUGUACAAAGUUCAAACUUCCCUGACAAUAAUGCGUCAAAUACUGUUCGGUUCAUGGCUAUUAAGAACCUUGCUGGAGAAGAAGCUUGAUCCACACGUGAAGAUCAUCAUACAAGCAUGGGCAUGGAUUCUGAACAAACACCAAAAUGGAGAGAGACCUAGGGAAAUCUCAGGUAUACUCGGUUCAACUCAGAAGCGAAUCGGGAUCCGGACCUUUAUGAAAAUCGGGGAUCCACUUUUGAAAUAUUUGAUGCAAUGGCUUACAGAGGAGAUUGGAGUUAGAAAAGUGGAGGUUGCGUUACGGAAAUAUUGGGUAGACGCUACGAUUAUAAUCCCCCAAAGAAUAUAA